AUGGCUUCGUUCAAGGAAUUGUCCCUAUCGCGCCCACUCCCCAACUCUAGCCAACGACAACACACCCACUCCAUAUCUUUGAGUGCUGUCAAUGCCAACCACCGUGUCACGCGCCGAAAGAGUGUCACUACUGCCGCUGCCAAUGCCGCCGCCGUUGUUGCCGCUUCCCUCAAGGACAGCGGGGAAGCCAGCUCUCUCCCCAUGUCCGCACACCGCCGCAGUCUAGGAGGUCGCAAAGGCCUGGAAUCCUCAUCUGUGGGAGGUGCCUCGGGAUUUAGCUCAUACUUGUCCCGCAGCAUGAACAGCCCUAGCCAGGAACCCGUCCCCCGCAAAGUCUCCCCAAGCAUCUCCGAGGAGGAUGAUAGCAAGUCCAAAAGUCGGAACCGCCGAUCCAGCGAGGCUGGUCAAAUAAAGACUGAGGGGAAGCGAGUACCAGUCCGCUGUGAGCGCUGCGGGAAAGGGUAUAAGCAUGGCAGCUGCUUGUCCAAGCAUAUGUGUGUAUCCCCCCAUGCCGCCCCCGGUCGUCUUCCUCUUCCAUCUUCGGGAACAUGCGCCAUGUCGGCUCUGUGCAGGUCGCCCUCGUGGUGGGAACACGACCCAGCAUGGUCCAUUACUUCGAAAUUACUCAUCUCCAAGCACCAGCAAGUGCAACUACUGGAGGCCGCUACGGUGCUGGUCCACAUGAACGUAGAUGAAGACUCCGAACAGUCUCCGGAGGCUGAGUCGGAAUUAUCGUCCGCUUCGCCCGCCGCUUCCUCCGAUAUGCGCGACGGCCUCAGCUCUGCCGAGACCACCCCGCCGCCAAUAGACGAGGAAGAGGACGAUGACUUCGAGAUGUCGGGUAUGCCCGCCAACUGGAUGAAUCGCCCCAGCAUAACCAACGCCUCCGCCUUCUCUCGCUCCUAUCAAUCAAUUCCUUCCAGCUCGUAUACCGAAAGCGCCCCUCUCCACUCUCCGUCCUUCUCUCAUUUCCGCAAGUCAAGCAUCGACACUCGUCCUUCAACCGCCGAUGCCCAGCUGCUGGAAGAGGAGGAGGCUGAUUUGGCUGCCGCUAUCGGACUGUGCCACUUUGGCACCCCUCGCACUGGUCCGGUAUCCAUGACACCAGACAUCCCGCCUGUGCCUCCACUCCCCGCUCGUUAUCUUGAAUCCAGCAGCCACCUGAGCAGCCACUUGAGCAACCAGAGCCCGAGAAUGGCUCACUCAGGCCUGAACGAAGGUUUCCGUCGCGACUCCCUCAACACGGAACCCUUCCUUUCGCUCUCACUCAACCCCUCCUUAUCAUACAAGGUGUCAGAUGAGCGAGAAGUACGAACUGGAAAUUCCAAGGCCCAGGCCCAAGAUAUUCGACAAGUCCGUAACGCAGAUGUGGACUUUGGUAGCAGUCGCGGUGCUCCUGCCGAUGACGAUGACGACGGUGUAUUCGGCCGCAUGGAAGAGUAA